ACCUCCACAUCCUCGCACCGCCCCUCAACUAAAGUCAGCACACACACUCUGUUCUCUGCCAGAGGCACCGACAGAGCCAGGUGUGUGCGAGUGCGUUCAGGUGUUCGCGUGUGUCGUGGAUCUCGUACUUCGAGCGCUCAGUGCGUGCGUUUCAGGGACCCGAUGAGAGGAUAGCCGCGCGGCGUGACGGUUCGUCCAAAGUGUGACUGUCAUUUGUUGAGAACGUGCCAUAUCCACCUCGGUCCCCUGCGGGAGUGGAGGCGCGGACGGACGGGAGAAUCGUGCGGACGCGCCGCCAAGCUGCGCGCCUGUGCAGCGGCCGUGGCCGAAGCGCUGGAUGCGAACGCGAUGGAUUAGCAGCAGCCUCGUCCCAAGCGUGCCGCAGUUUCCCUUCAUUCCCAGCCCAGGACAACCACUCUCCAUCACGGGAUUAUUUCCACUCUCGACGAUCCGUCUCCUCCCCACCGAGCUGAGAUGACAGAGGAGUGCGUGUUGCGCUGUGCGCUGAUGCUCUGCUGUGUGCUCCUCUCGGCCAAUGCCAGCAACUGGCUGUACCUGGCCAAGCUAUCGUCAGUCGGAAGCAUCCGGGAUGAGGAGACGUGCGAGAGGUUACGAGGCCUCAUCCACAGACAGGUUCAGAUCUGUAAGCGCAGCGUGGAGGUGAUGGACGCGGUGCGCCGCGGUGCUCAGCUGGCGAUAGACGAGUGUCAGUUCCAGUUCCGUAACCGUCGGUGGAAUUGCUCCACUCUCGAGAGCAUGCCCGUGUUUGGCAAAGUGGUCACCCAGGGCACCCGCGAGGCUGCCUUUGUGUAUGCCAUCUCAGCAGCCAGUGUGGCGUUUGCGGUCACGAGGGCCUGCAGCAGUGGAGAGCUCGAAAAAUGUGGCUGUGACCACAACGUGCACGGAGUCAGUCCAGAGGGAUUCCAGUGGUCGGGAUGCAGUGACAACAUUGCUUACGGAGUGGCUUUUUCUCAGUCCUUUGUGGAUGUGAGGGAGAGGAGUAAAGGCCAGUCGUCCAGUCGGGCUCUCAUGAACCUGCACAACAAUGAGGCCGGCAGGAAGGCCAUCCUGGCUCACAUGCGCGUGGAGUGCAAAUGUCACGGGGUGUCGGGCUCAUGUGAGGUGAAGACCUGCUGGAAAGCGAUGCCCCCCUUCCGCAAGGUGGGCAACGUCAUCAAGGAGAAGUUCGAUGGGGCCACCGAGGUGGAGCAGCGCAAAAUGGGCUCCGCCAAAGUCCUGGUGCCUCGCAACUCCCAGUUCAAACCUCACACUGAUGAAGAUCUGGUCUACUUAGAACCCAGCCCGGACUUCUGCGACCACGACCCCCGCACGCCGGGUAUGCUGGGCACGGUGGGGCGCCAGUGUAACCGAACCUCCAAGGCCAUCGACGGCUGCGAGCUGAUGUGCUGCGGCCGUGGUUUUCAGACGCAACAGGUUGAGGUGGUGGACAGGUGCAGCUGUAAGUUCCACUGGUGCUGCUAUGUCAAGUGCAAGCAGUGCCGCAAAAUGGAGGAGAUGCACACUUGCCGAUGAUGAAACGGGUCCUGCUGAUGAACAGAACAGAUGCCUCGCACUCCCGAUCGGGACUCGAGAGCACACUGAGGACGAAUGAAGCUCCUCCUUCAGCUGGAUAGGACCAAAGCUUCUACCGCUCGCCAAUGGGAACGCGACGAGUAUCCGAGAAGUGCGCCAGCAUCCACUUCCUUGUCAUGCUGUUUGUGUCUUCUCAAUCGUCGUCCUCCCUCUGCGCCUUCUUGUAAUGUUUAACUUAUUUGUUGAGACUGAGGAGCUUAUCUAGGAUUGACUAAGAAGGAGCGAGCAGUCUAGCGGAGAUAAGGAGGGACAGACAGCACCCAUGGGUGGGUGGCGUUAAGGGAUUUGGGUCUCGAGGGGGGCUGGUGGCCCUCUGUCCUUGCUGCUGCUGCUGCUGCUGCUUUGGGGACUCGAUGGGAGUGCUGCACGUUCAAGGGGGCAUCCAUAAAAGACUCACUGCAAAGACUGAAUCCGCCCUACAUGGACUUGGUGUGAUUUGCUUUCCGUGUGCGCAUGGCUGCACUGAUCUAAGAUUUCGUCAGACGUAGAGUUGUGCGUUUCGCGCCACGCGGUUUCAUGACGCUGCUCUACUUACACACUCACAUGCCGACGUGAUUCUUGUCCGAAGGGUGCCGAUGAAUGACACGCGAAAGCCACUAUCGCCGCCUUUGUCUCUUUCUCAAACUCAAAAAUCGCGAGCACGAAUAGAGGGGAAAAAAAUAGAAACACUCAGAUGCAUUAAUUCCCGCUUAAAAAGAUCCUUGCCCAUCAAUGGCAAGGAGAGCUAAUAGAGAAAACACCGAGCGGCAUGGUUUGGUUCAGGACAUAAUGAAAGUUUUUUCCGUUGUCAACAUUUCAUGAUGAGUAUCCAAAUCUGAACUGCAGAAUCGCACAGCCACUUGGUUACCAAAUGCAGUGGCACUGAAAAUGAAAGGAUGGCAAUGCAGUCAGUUUGUUUUUUGAGCACACCUUCAUUCAAGGAGAACUUAACGUAAGAAUGUUCCCCACAUUGCUCACAAAUCCCCCUGAAAAUCUGAUUUUGAAUGAAUGAUCGGUUUCAAAGUUGCACUGAAGAAAAAUGGUGGUGUUGAAUUAACUCCAUUUUCUUUCAUCGGGUGGUUGCACACAAAAUCAUCUGGAUCCAGAUCCAUUUUUUAAAAGAGAUGUAGUCUCCUUAGAAAAAUGCAUUUGGAUCUGGUUCCUGGGGAUUUAAGAACGAAUGAAUUCCUAAGAACGAUUGCUUGUAAUAAACAGUCCCAUGCCAAGAUGAAAGAGCGCACAUUUGCGGAUGGUGACGAGGUAAUGGUCCUCUUUUUGGAAUUCAUAUGUCACGCUACUGUGGCCUCCUCCUGCCAGACACAGAAAAACGAACACCAGAUCCGCGUUGGCCUUCACAGUGCUCUUGUAUUCCCUCGUUUGCCAAAGGCCAGUUGCUAUAUGACAUUGUAAACACAUCCCAAAAAAACAAACAAAAAAAAAACAAAACAUAUUUACCAGACACGAUGCAAACACCACGAAAAGUCGACGUCGUCUGACGGAUGGUUGCCGAGCCUGUUCACCAUGCAUGAUGACUGAAGCACUUUCUCUCCAACCGCACAUAAAGCCCUCACCCCGCGCCGCAGCAUCGCACGUGUGACCACAUAUGGCCAAUUUGUACCACCCAAAAGCCACGCUUGCCUAUAAUAAUAAUGUGCUCUCAUUAUAAUAAUCAUAAUGUAGACCUGUAAAGACGUAUACACUGAAGAUUAUACUGCCUAUGAAUGUCUGUUCAUGUUGAAUAUAUGCUGUGUCAAAUACAUAUGUUGUCGCUGACUGCUCUUU